AUGUGGGAGUGAGUGUGUGUGUGUGUGUGUGUGUGUGUGUGUGUGUGUGUGUGCGUGCCGGCCGCGUGGAGCGAGCAGAGAAGCAGCGUCCAGCCGGAGGGAACCCAUGCGGUCCUUGCCAUGACUCGACCCGGCAAGCAGAGCCUUAACGCACUUUGGAUUUUGCUGUGUGUGGCCCAGCUGAGCGCAGGUCUCAAAUGCGUGUGCCAGCUGUGCGACAAUCACGUCUGCGAGACGUCCGUCGACGGCGCCUGCUGGAACUCGGUGAUGCUGAUCGACGGCCGAGAGGAGACGCUCAAGUCCUGCCUGUCGCCGUCCGAGAUGAGAGGUCCGCUGUACUGCUACAGCUCCCCCAACGUCGCCAAGAGGAACUGUUGCUUCACCGACUUCUGCAACAACGAAACGCUGCACUUACAGCCCGAGAGGCCUUUGGAAGAUGGCGACAGCAGCAGUGGCAGCAGGUUGCAGUUGGCCGUGGUGGUCGUGGUGCCCUCGUGCCUGCUAUGCGUUGGCGUCAUGCUGGGGGCGUUUGUGGUGCAGCGUCAGCGUUGCGCCUACAGCCAGGCGCACAAACACGACCCGGAGGAGGCCCUGGACGACCACAUGCUCAUGUCGCCUGACAAAUGUCUCAAAGAUCUCAUCUACGACAUGAGCACCUCCGGCUCGGGAUCAGGGCUUCCAUUGCUGGUCCAGCGAACCAUAGCCCGGACCAUCGUUCUCCAGGAGAGCAUCGGAAAGGGUCGCUUCGGCGAGGUUUGGCGAGGAAAGUGGCGGGGAGAGGACGUGGCCGUGAAGAUCUUCUCCACCAGGGACGAGAGGUCCUGGUUCCGUGAAACGGAGAUUUAUCAGACCAUCAUGCUAAGACACGACAAUAUCCUGGGCUUCAUUGCGGCUGACAACAAAGAUAACGGCUCGUGGACUCAACUGUGGUUGGUGUCCGAGUACCACGAGCACGGCUCGCUGUUCGAUUACCUGAACAGGUACACGGUGUCGGUGGAGAGCAUGGUCGCCAUCGCUCUCUCUGUCGCCAGCGGCCUGGCUCAUCUCCACAUGGAGAUCAUUGGCACACAAGGGAAGCCAGCCAUCGCUCAUAGGGAUCUGAAGUCUAAAAAUGUCUUGGUGAAGACAAACGGCACCGCGGUCAUCGCAGAUUUGGGCUUGGCCGUGAAACACGACUCUGGCACCAACAGCAUUGACAUCCCGACCAACCACAGAGUGGGAACCAAGAGGUACAUGUCCCCUGAAAUCCUGGACGAGACCAUCAACGUGAGCAACUUUGAGUCAUUCAAGCGGGCGGAUAUCUACUCGUUGGGUCUAGUGUUCUGGGAACUGGCUCGAAGAUGUUCAGUGAGAGGACUUCACGAAGAUUUCCAGCUGCCUUAUUAUGACCUGGUGCCUUCAGAUCCCUCUGUGGAGGACAUGAGGAAGGUGGUGUGCGAGCAGAAACUGCGACCAAACAUUCCAAACCAGUGGCAGAGCUGUGAGUUAGGCUCUGCGUGUGAUGGGCAAACUGAUGAGAGAGUGCUGGUACGCCAACCCUGCCGCCCGUCUCACCGCCCUGCGGGUCAAGAAGACCACGGCUUCACUGUCUGCUGUCAGGGAGGUCAAAGAGUAGAGACAUUUCUCACCACAAAGCCGGCUCAGCGAUGGUGCUGCUGGACUGGGACCACACCGGGAUUUUACCAUCUGGGAAGGUACCCACAUGGUAUUCAAAAUACAAUCAGUCGAUUGAGUUUGUUGUCGGUGCCAAAAAAUCGUGAGGUGCCUGUGGCAGCUUAGCACCAAUGUUGUGGUCAAUCGAACCAAACAGAUCAUAUAAAAACAUGACUAAUGUAUAAACCUUGCUACCUCGCAUAUUGAAGUGCCCUAAAAUUGCUCCUAGUCACCUUGUUGUGCCAUGUCUUGUAGUGAACACAGUGUUUUAAAAGAUAAGUAGUGUGCUAUUUGUGAAGGUUACUGUAAGACAACCAUACUUACUUUUAAAUGGCACUUGCAUAGGACAUGUUUGACAAUUUGCAUGACAAUGUCUGUUAAGUCAAAUGUCCAAAUGCUCUGUGAAAGGAGGCGCUCUGUAUCUCACACUUCAAGUCAACAGGGGGCAGCAGUGAUUCAGCACCCCUAUUCUUUUUACCGCACUAACUUCCUAAGAAGGAGAUGAAAGGAAAAGUUGAUUUACAGUGGAACCGCUUAUAGUCUAAUACAAUCCUUUUCACGACUCGGAUCAAAAUCUAUUUUAUUUAAAAUUUUGGAGCAUUUUUUCCCCACCAGAAAUCAUUAACUCAUUCACUGCCAGCCUUCCCAGUUAACAUGGAUAUUUGACUUCUAAAGCCGUCAAUGGCAGUGAAUGUGUUAAAAGAGGCGCUAGCCACUAGCUAGCUCACGAGGUAACAGGCUUCCGGGGCUCCUCUCAGCCGGCGGAUGGGCGUUGGCCAGGGCAUAGCAUUAGCUAGCUCGCUGUAGUAUCUCACAAUUCUUCCUAUUCUUGUGUAGUUUAUUUGGUGGUUGGCAAACCAGUAUCUUGCAGUUGCGCCGGAUGACCACUGAGGCAAAAACCUUAUGAGACGUUUGGGGACCCCUGGAAGUCUCGGGGCCCCAGGCAAUUGCCUGUGUUUACCUCAUGGUAAAUCCGCCCCUUUGCUCUGAAUGCAAGUCCGCUUAACUUCAUGAAAUUGCUGGCGUAUAAGUUGAGGGUGGUCCUUCUUCUGAAUACUUGUUGUAAAAAAAAGACAAAGAAAAAUAAAAAAAAAAAAUUAAAAGUGCAAAAUGAAUCCUUAUACUUGUUGUAGACACACAUAAUCUUCCCCCAAAUUUUGUUCCAAUUUUGAAUUGUAUGACCUUGUUGGUGUUUGACUUUAGAGGUUCCACUGCAAAUUGAUUCCAGCUCUCCACUUUAAUCUCAUCAAAAACAAAAAAGAAAAAUGUAUGUAUGUGUGCGGCCCUCUGGUCAUGCUAGCUCAAUAUUGCCUCCUGAGGAGUAUGUUGGAAUUACAAGACAAGUUGGCCUUGUCAGUGAAGAAGGAAGAAAAAAAAAAGGCAAACAUCUUCAUAUUUUUCAUUUGUUGUGUUUCUUAAGACUUGACAGUCACAUGCUAUAAGAAUGUUAAAAAAGAUUUUGCACAGUUAAAAGCAUUCCGUUGCGGAAAAGAGCUGAAUGUUAGUUUGUGGACAGACCAAAGGUCAUCCAUGAAUGUGAGAUGUAUGUAUUUAUUCACUAUGUGUUUUUAUUUUUAACUUUCAAAAACCAAAGUUGCCUGAAAACCAGACAAAUGUUAGCUGGAAUAGGGAAAACAUCAUAGGAAGCUGCUUAAGAACAACAAGUACUUAAGAGUACUUGAAUAUGAUGAUCUAAUACCUAAUUAGGUCAUCUAAUCUAAUACCUGAUGCAGAAGGGAAAGUGCACACUGGUGCUUGUGUAUGUGGACUUCAAUGUUGAACUUUAAUUUUUGGUGGUGUUGGUGAAAAUGUUAUUCUGCAGAGAACCUUUCCAUGUUUGUAGUCCCAAUCACUUUUACACCACAUCUGGCUCCACAUGCACUUGUAAUCACUUGUGAAGGAACAUACUGUUUCCAAACCUGUGUUAAAAGACGAUAUGGAUAAAUGUCGCAAAUGUAAAGCACAUAUUUGCAUCUUAUUGUCAUGGAUUUUGUGUUGAAAGCACGGUAAAGAAAUCCAAAUGCCGGAUUAAUGAAUGUACUUUUUUUUUCUUUUUUUUUUUGCUUGAUUUUGAAUUAUUGCUAACCAAGCUUUGAACUUCCAUUGUGUCAUAUCUGCUUUUCCAUGCCAGCCAAGCAUGGAUUGUUGAGAUUAUAAAGACAUUCUAAAGUGGAGUGAUUGGUAAUGUGCAAGUACUCAGCUAAUCUGUUGUUAGGAAUACAAAUCACAAAUGUCAUUAAUGUGACUGCUGUAGGGUGGAACCCCUGAAGAUGAAUGGCCCUUAAGUCGUAAAGUUGGGAAUAUAACCAGUAUUGUCUGGAAAAAUGACAGCGUUAAAUUAAAGAUGUUGC